GCUGUGCUCCGAUGGCGGUGAGCCGGGCGCUCGGCCUGCGCUUGGCCUACGCGGCGGCCGGGGCCGUGGCCGGGCUGUCGGUGUUCGGCUGCUGGAGCCUGGCCCCGGGGCUGAGGCAGCCGGCGACGGCCGCGGCCGGAGGCCUCUCGGGUACGGACGGGGACGGGGGGGUCUCGGGUGUUCUGGCGCUCUGGGCCCUGAUCACGCAUGUGAUGUAUGUGCAGGAUUACUGGAGGACCUGGUUAAAAGGGCUGAGGUUCUUCCUCUUCAUUGGCAUCCUCUUCUCAGCCCUCUCCCUGGUGGGAUUCUGCACCUUCCUUGUCCUGGCCAUCACCAAGCACCAGUCCCUGACUGAUCCCAAAAGCUACUACCUGUCCUCUGUGUGGAGUUUCAUGGCCUUGAAAUGGGCCUUCCUGCUCACCCUGUAUGCUCACCGCUACCGCAAUGAGUUCGCGGACAUCAGUAUCCUCAGUGACUUCUAACACUUGGACUUCCAAAGCUUGUCUGAAGGUGCUGGAGCUUUGAGGUGCCCCCCACGAGGCAGGAGAUGCUCGAGAGGCAGAGGAGGAGCUCUCCCCCCCUUCCCCUUGCUUUGUCUGUCUGCAGGAGGGGGUUUUCCCCCAUUGCUUUAACUCCACCAUUGCAAGCGUGGUUGAUGAUGUCCAUCCAGCUGUGAGCUCCAUGGAGUGCCUGGGUCUGGUGGGGAAGGGAGAGACUCUUUGUGCUCCAUCACAGCAGGUCUCCAUCCCCUCUUUGCACUGCCCUGGAGCUCUAGGUUCAUACCUCAUGGCUGCAGCACCCACACCUUGUCCUCAUGGGUGCAUCACCAGCGUGCUUCAGGUGGGUGCCCCAGCACCCUGCUGUGUGAUUCCAGCUCCUUCUGCACUGCUCUGCCCUUCCAAGAGAAUGGGAGAGAUGGGGAGGUCCCUUUUGUGCCUCUCUUCUCACACAUUGUAGGCAAGGGCAGCUCGUUGCUGUGGUCUGGGUGAGCCCAAAGGGCUGGGCCAGCAGCAGAGAAGCACCAAGGCUCUGUCAGAGAUGGGCAAUGCUGUUUCUGGCUGCUCCAGGAUCAUUUUAAAAGGGAAUGUUCAGGGCAUUGGGAACACUCGGGUGUGUAGCAUUUGGAAUGAGGUGCUUGGGUGCAAGAUGUCACCCCCAGCUCUCAGAUAUGUGAUUGUGCUUAAGGACAAAAACCUCUCUUUGCUUUGCUUUGCUUUCCUUCCUUGCCCUGUAGCAGGAUGGGAGAGGGGAGGAUCGUGGUGCUCAGCACCAAGGAAGGGCUCCGGAGCCAGCUUCCAGCACACCUCAGCACCACAGCCACGGAUGGAUUGCUCUUGUGCAGUGAGUUAGGCUUGGAAGCAUCAGGCCAUGAGUGCUGCAUCCCUGCAGCUCAGCCCUGUGGGCCACUGCCCUGGCAGCCUAAACCCCAAUGGGCUUGGUGAGCUCUUUAUCCCUGUGGAUUUGCUCCCUUUACAUCCUCAGAGCCUGCUCCUCUGGCCCAUCCAGGCUGGGCUGAUGCUGGGGUGAUGGUGCUGGAACUGGGAAUGGUGGUUUUCAGGGAGAAUUCCAUAGAGGAAGGUGAGGACAGGCAGGAGAAGCCCCUUCCCUUGCAGACCAAUGGGAGAUGAACAAGGUGGGUGCUGGAAGUGCCCCAUGGUGAUGGGACCUGCUCAGGGGGUGUGACAAGAGGGGGUGAAUGGAAGGCCCUGUUGGGUUGUCCUCGGGGUGUGCUCCAGCUGAGGGGUGUUUGAAUCCCUCUGCACACUCACAGGCUCCAUCCUCACCUUCACUGGUCCCCAUUUGCCUGGGGGUGUGGGAAUGGUCCAAGCCAGCUCAGUGGAGCUGUUGAGGGGAUGAUGGAGGUGUCAGCAGCGCAUCUUGAUCCUGUUCUCCUGUCUCUUGGCUAGGAGGGUCCUCAAGGAGAUGGAUUGGGUCAGUGGGUAAGCCAAGGGGAGCCAGGCAAAGGCUGGGAUGUGAAGGGAUGCCAACACUGAGGCUUUUCAGUUCUAAAGCCUCCCUCUCUGCUGCAGCCUGGAUGCAGAGGGAUGGGCUCAGGGAUGGAGCUGCUCAUCCCCCUCUGCCCAAAGCUGUGGAGCUGGUGAGUGGCUUUAGCAUUGGUUGUGUCACUGAACCAGCAUCACUGUGGCUGUGCUGGAAACUGGGCUCUGGUGUCCUUGGGAUGCAGGAUUCCCAGUGCAUCCCGAAACCUCCCAUCUGGCAUCAUGUAGCACCUCAACAGCUCCUUUCUUGGGGGAACUUGCCCUAAAUCCCCUUCUCCCAGAGGGGUUUAAAGUGUAUUCCUGUGGCUGUACCCUUGCCUAUGAACAGCUCUUGGGAUUCUCCCUUCUCCAAUGGGUUAACUCUGGAAUUCCAGCUGGCCUUUGGGGUCUGUAAAUACAUAAUCUAUUUUUACAUGGUUUCUGCUUCCUUUGCACGCUUGCUGCUGUGGUGGGAUGCUCUGGUCACGGGGGUGCGGGUCAGGAGUGUGUAUCCCAGUGUCUCCUUGUACUAAACCACACUAGAACUUGUCUGUGGCACCCCAGUACGAGCAGGAAUACAGUCUCUUUCUCACCAAA